GAGCACUACCGGGGGUGGCUAAUACGAUGGUGAAGAAGAAACUUGUUAGCUAAUCCUAAAAAGACAUAAAUGCAUUUUAUGAGUUAAAUUUGUGGAUUGAAAAGCGGAACCUAGCAGGAGGAGGAGGAGUGUGCGCGAUGGAGGAAGGUAGAGAGUCGAGCGUGAAGCAGAACGAAACGCGCCCAUCUCUAAAAUCCGAUUCUUCAUUCAACAAAUAUCAAUUAUGGAAACAGAAGUUGAGGGACAAUUGCUACAAAAGGGUGCGAGAGGACAGAACUCGCUUACUCUGGAAAUUCAGAUGCAACCAACAGGAGGAUAUUGUGAAAUCUGCAUUCCAGGAUAUUGUGUCAGAUGAAUUUGACAAAAUCAAACACACUGAUGAGCUAUUAUGGGAGUACGAAGGUCCUUCUCAUACUACUGAAUGCCAAGAUAUACUGUUAGAAAUGCAAAGGAUAUUUUAUGAAGAUCUCAAAUCCCAACCACCCCUGCAAGAUUUAGUAAGCGAUAUUGAUUAUUGGGAAGAUGACGUGGAUGAGUACUUGGCUCGUUCAGUUUAUGAGCAUAUGCAGCUAAAUGCAGAUGAGGCCCAUGGGAAAGAGAUUUGGUGUCCUAUUUGUAAGCAUGGAGAACUUAAAGACAGUCACAAUCUUAUAUACUGCAAUCGUUGUGAACUUCAACUAAACAAAGCUAGUGAGGUUCUUGCACCUCAUCAUGGAGCCACACUAGUAGAUCUAUAUCAAAUUCUGGUUGGAAUGAUUUGAGCAAAACCUUCAAGAAGUCCCACCAUGAUGCACUUGGAUGGUCCCCUUUCUACAUAAACCACCAAUCAAAAACAUGCCCUCGCCUAGCCUUCCCAACUCUGUGUAUUGUUAAAAUAUAUGAAAAUGUUUUAUCAUAUCUCAAAAUACCUUACGUAUAUCCUGGAAUAUCUUGAAUAUGAAAAUAUCUUAUCAUAUAUGUUAUUGUACAUUUUUUUUUUUCAA